ACCUCGGCUGCCUGGUCAGCACUACCUCUUCAGAGCUUUGUGAUCCCCAACUUUGCAGUCAGAAAAUGGAAAUCCAGAAAACCGCGAAAAGGUGUUUUUUCGAAUGCAAUGAAUGGGGAGUAGUUCUUUGAGCACCCUCUUAUUCACCUCUUCUUUCCUCUGAGCCGCCUGUCCUUUUCCUCCCCCACCCCAACCUGGAUGCCUGUCUGCUAGAAAAGGCGCGAUUGCUUCUCUUCCUCUUCUGUCCAAAAUCGGGCUCUGAAGUCUAAUACCCAUUUUAGCCUCACUCCCUGCCACACACCCCAAGUGUCUUCUCAGUGUUCUUGCAGUCAGCAGUUCCUCUGGACAGUUCUUGUCAUAACCCCAUUUCACAGACAAAGGCUUAGGAGGGAAAAAGAACCAAACUGUUUCCUGUGUUGGCCAUUUUAAUGCUGUCCAGCCCCAAACGCCCAGUUCCCAUCCCUGAUGCUUCUUGUGCCUAUGUCUUGAACCUUGACGAUGGGGUGAGGGGGGAUCGUCUCUUGGAUAGCCUUGUGCAGUUUCUUUAUAAAUCUGCAUUGUUGGUUCUGGUUUAUGGCCAUGAAGAAAAUACCAGCCCCCACCCAAAAUGCACCGCAGCCAAGUCGGUUAAAGGCAAUGAGUGUUGGAGUCAGUAGGGGGCGCAUUCUCUGCACUGGGUAAGGCUGCAGAGGGGGGAAGGGCCCCAGAACUAGAACAGGAUGUGCUUAACAGCGCCUUCUACAGACCAUGUGAAAAUGGGCCCAGCAAGACUUGCACUUGGUGAGCUGACAGCAACAUGGCGAAGGAUUAAGUGAGUCUAGAGAGGUUUUAAGAGAGUCACUUCUGUUUGGAACGUUGUCUGUUUUACUUUUUUCAAAAGUAGUCACCCUCAGACUUUGAUUGCUGAUCAGUCACCUUGGUGCACAUCCUUGGGUCAUAGUUCCCUUUCUCAAGAAUCCUUUCGCCUUAAGGUUUGAUUGUAUUGACAUCUCUUUCCUAGGCCAGGUGGUAAAGGAGGUUGUUUAAAACCUGAAAGUAAUGGGCUUGGGGUAUGACUAGUCAGUCCAAAUCUCUCUAACUCUUUUGAGAGUGAAAAGUCAUUCUUGAGAAGUUUUGUGGGGUGGUGAUUUUGAUAGCCAUGAGAGAUGGUGUCAUGAUUUGCAAGGCUUUGUUGGUAAACAUCAGGUCCCUAUUGAGUUCUUCAUUGUCAAACUUAACAGAGUAGAUUGCAAAAUGUUACCUUCCAACUUCAGCCUUCCAGCAGUGCAUUGUGCCAGUAGCCAACUGCCUUUGCAAGUGUUGACACCAGUCUUGUGUGUGCACCCACAUUCUUAGGGUGUGUGGAUUUCUGUAGAUUUUAUUCCUGUUGUUAUUUCCAUAGGUGUGAGAUGCACAGUACGAAACCUAGGCCCCAACUUUUACACCGUGAUGCACAGGGUUGCACUUUUUGUACUGAACUGAUAGGUGGCCUAGUGGUUAUUCCCUGUACUGCCAUUUUGAGGAUCUGGACUCCGUUCCCUGCCUUGCUCUUUGGACUACAUUGUCAAUUCAUACCGGUUCCUCAUAAGCCAGGUUGUCCACCAUAGUAUACUAACAGGAAGUGCCUCUCAGUCUGUGGAGUUCUUCACAAGAAGCUGCUCACUCUUAUUGUGUCCCUGCCUCAUACGGUCGUGCUUAGAAUGAGCAAAUAGCAGCUUUACUGACAACCCUACCUCUCAAGAAGUUUGACAUUGAAGUCUAUAUAUCAAACCAGCUCCUGCUUUGUGGUAGCCACUGAUACAGAUGGUGGGAAGGCCAAGAGUUUCCUUUUUAAUGGAUGUCGUUUGUCUUGAAUAAGAAGAUGGUACCUAGAGGACAUCGCAGCCAGUCCUGAAGAGACCUGAUAAGCUAGGAAACUAUGUUCCAACUUCCUGUCAACAAUCUUGGCAGUUUAAGAAAAGCCCGGAAAACUGUGAAAAAAAUACUUAGUGACAUUGGGUUGGAAUACUGUAAAGAACAUAUAGAAGAUUUUAAACAGUUUGAACCUAAUGACUUUUAUUUGAAAAACACUACAUGGGAGGAUGUAGGACUGUGGGACCCUUCACUUACAAAAAACCAGGACUAUCGGACAAAACCUUUUUGCUGCAGUGCUUGUCCGUUUUCCUCAAAAUUCUUCUCUGCCUACAAAAGUCAUUUCCGGAAUGUCCAUAGUGAAGACUUUGAAAAUAGGAUUCUCCUUAAUUGCCCUUACUGUACCUUUAAUGCAGAUAAAAAGACUUUGGAAACACACAUUAAAAUAUUUCAUGCUCCAAACUCCAGCGCACCGAGUAGCAGCCUCAGCACUUUCAAAGAUAAAAACAAAAACGAUGGCCUUAAACCUAAGCAGGCUGAGAGCGUAGAGCAAGCCGUGUAUUACUGCAAGAAGUGCACUUACCGAGACCCUCUCUAUGAGAUCGUGAGGAAGCACAUCUACAGGGAACACUUUCAGCACGUGGCAGCGCCCUACAUAGCAAAGGCCGGAGAAAAAUCACUCAAUGGUGCAGUACCCCUGGGUGCAAAUGCCCGAGAAGAGUGUAACAUCCACUGCAAGCGAUGCCUUUUCAUGCCCAAGUCCUAUGAAGCUUUGGUACAGCAUGUCAUUGAGGACCAUGAACGGAUAGGAUAUCAGGUCACUGCCAUGAUCGGGCACACAAAUGUUGUGCUUCCCCGAGCCAAACCCUUGAUGCUCAUUGCUCCCAAGCCGCAAGAGAAAAAGGGCAUGGGACUCCCACCAAGAAUCAGUUCUCUUGCUUCUGGGAAUGUCCGGUCUUUGCCAUCACAGCAGAUGGUGAAUCGACUGUCAAUACCAAAGCCCAACUUAAAUUCAACGGGAGUCAACAUGAUGUCCAGUGUUCACCUGCAGCAAAACAACUAUGGAGUCAAAUCUGUGGGCCAGAGCUAUGGUGUUGGCCAAUCAGUGAGGCUGGGUCUAGGUGGUAAUGCUCCAGUUUCCAUCCCUCAGCAGUCUCAGUCUGUGAAACAGUUACUUCCAAGCGGAAAUGGGAGGUCCUAUGGCCUAGGUGCUGAGCAGAGGCCCCCAGCAGCAGCCCGGUACUCUCUGCAGACAGCCAACACCUCCUCUCUACCCCCAGGCCAGGUGAAGUCUCCUUCUGUGUCUCAGUCGCAGGCAUCUAGAGUAUUAGGUCAGUCCAGUUCUAAACCUCCACCAGCUGCCACGGGCCCUCCUCCAAGCAACCAUUGUGCCACUCAGAAGUGGAAAAUAUGUACAAUCUGUAAUGAGCUUUUUCCUGAGAAUGUCUACAGUGUUCACUUUGAAAAGGAACAUAAAGCCGAGAAAGUCCCAGCAGUAGCUAACUACAUUAUGAAAAUACACAAUUUCACUAGCAAAUGCCUCUACUGUAACCGCUAUUUGCCCACAGAUACCCUCCUCAACCACAUGUUAAUUCAUGGUCUUUCAUGUCCAUAUUGCCGUUCAACCUUCAAUGAUGUGGAAAAGAUGGCAGCACACAUGCGAAUGGUUCACAUUGAUGAAGAGAUGGGGCCUAAGACAGAUUCUACUUUGAGCUUUGAUUUGACAUUGCAGCAGGGCAGCCACACCAACAUUCAUCUCCUGGUGACCACAUACAACCUGAGGGAUGCCCCAGCCGAAUCAGUUGCUUACCAUGCUCAAAAUAAUGCCCCGGUUCCUCCAAAGCCACAGCCCAAAGUCCAGGAGAAGGCAGAUGUCCCUGUUAAAAGUUCACCUCAAGCUGCAGUGCCCUAUAAAAAGGAUGUUGGGAAAACCCUUUGCCCUCUUUGCUUUUCAAUCCUAAAAGGACCCAUAUCUGACGCACUUGCACAUCAUUUACGAGAAAGACACCAAGUUAUUCAGACAGUUCAUCCAGUUGAGAAAAAGCUAACUUACAAAUGUAUCCAUUGCCUUGGUGUGUAUACUAGCAACAUGACAGCCUCAACCAUCACCCUGCAUCUAGUCCACUGCAGGGGUGUUGGAAAGACACAGAAUGGCCAGGACAAGACAAACGCACCUUCUCGGCUCAAUCAGUCUCCAGGCCUGGCCCCUGUGAAGCGCACCUAUGAGCAAAUGGAGUUUCCAUUGAUAAAAAAGCGAAAGCUGGAGGAUGAUAGUGAUUCCCCCAGCUGCUUUGAAGAGAAGCCUGAAGAGCCUGUUGUUUUAGCUUUAGAUCCCAAGGGUCAUGAAGAUGAUUCUUACGAAGCUAGGAAAAACUUUCUUACAAAAUACUUCAACAAACAGCCCUAUCCCACUAGGAGAGAAAUUGAGAAGUUGGCUGCCAGCCUGUGGCUGUGGAAGAGUGACAUUGCUUCCCAUUUCAGUAACAAGAGGAAGAAGUGUGUCCGUGACUGUGAGAAGUACAAACCUGGUGUGCUGCUAGGUUUUAACAUGAAAGAAUUAAAUAAAGUCAAACAUGAGAUGGAUUUCGAUGCCGAGUGGCUUUUUGAAAAUCACGAUGAGAAGGACUCAAGAGUCAAUGCUAGCAAGACUGUUGACAAAAAGCUUAGCCUUGGGAAAGAAGAUGACAACUUCUCAGAUAGCUUUGAACAUUUGGAAGAAGAGUCCAAUGGAAGUGGCAGCCCUUUUGACCCUGUCUUUGAAGUUGAGCCUAAAAUUCCUAGUGAUAAUCCAGAGGAGCAUGUACCGAAGGUAAUUCCUGAGGAUGCUUUGGAAUCUGAGAAGCUAGACCAAAAAGAGGAGGAAGAUGGUUCAAAAUAUGAAACCAUCCAUUUGACUGAGGAACCAACCAAACUAAUGCAUGACGCCUCUGAUAGUGAGGUAGACCAAGAUGAUGUGGUUGAGUGGAAAGAUGGUGCUUCACCAUCUGAGAGUGGACCUGGUUCCCAGCAGAUCUCAGACUUUGAGGAUAAUGCAUGUGAAAUGAAACCAGGAACCUGGUCUGAUGAGUCUUCCCAGAGUGAAGAUGCAAGGAGCAGUAAGCCAGCUGCCAAAAAAAAGGCUACAGUGCAAGAUGACACAGAGCAGUUGAAAUGGAAGAAUAGUUCCUAUGGAAAAGUUGAAGGGUUUUGGUCCAAGGACCAGUCACAGUGGGAAAAUGCAUCUGAGAAUGCAGAGCGCUUACCAAACCCACAGAUUGAGUGGCAGAAUAGCACAAUUGACAGUGAGGAUGGGGAGCAGUUUGACAGCAUGACCGACGGAGUUGCUGAUCCUAUGCAUGGCAGCUUGACUGGAGUGAAACUGAGCAGCCAACAAGCCUGAGGGCCUGGCAUGCUAUGGCACAUGGGCCAUGUUGCAUCCUGAACCUCUCCUCUCCUUCCGGUCUGACUGCAAAGCUGUCUUCUAACUGGCACUACCUUGCAAGGACUGGUCAGUCAGCAGGCUCGUGGGGACAUGUGACCACUACAGUCCCAGUGGUUAUUUCUAAGUCUAUGACAUGAUUGGUUGAUCUUGUUUCAGACCCUUCUCUGGUAGACUGAGUAAUGAAGUGUGAAAACCAAUAAGCCGGUGGCUCAUGAAUGCACACAGGGAGAAGCCGUUCAUUACCUACCUGCCUUCCCAGCAUUUCUUUCCCUUGGUAAGAUGUUUGGUUGUCCUGGGAAAGCCUUACCCUGGUUCACAAAGCAGUGCAGGGCGGGCAUACACUCUGCCAGUCAGGUGUGUCUAGGAGAUUUGGGAACAUGGACCUUUUUUCAUGUAUUCAUUCUGAAUAGUUGAAAUGUAUAUUUGUACAGUCUUUUAGACCUCAAGUGAUGCUUAUGACACUGUUACUGUGUGCCCGUCAUAGAUUGGUUUUUAGUGUUGCCCUUGCUGUGUGAUAAAUGCUAUAUCUAGUUUAUCUAGCAGAAGCUUGACCCUGCGAUAGUACGGACCUUUGAACAGACUUAGUUUUUGCACAUAACCUUGUACAAUCUUGCAACAGAGUUCAGCAACAUAAGAUAUAUAUCUGGACUCUCCUGUAUUAUAGAAUUUUUUUCCUUGUUCUGAGUAUCCUUGACAUUACAGUUGUCAAAAACGGUAUUUCAGAUCUCUUUCUGAGACCUUUUAAGCUAAAGUAACAUGCAAGAAUUGAUUUUACAGCUACUAAUUUUUGACACCUUUUAGAUCUGUAAGAGUGUUGUGUCAGAGCAACAAGCACAGUUGAGUGCUGCAUUUGGGAUAUUUAGUUUCCUCUUUAGUUGAGCACCACCGGGUGUAUUCAUUUAUACCAUCUAAUAUAUGACACACUGUUGUAGUAUGUAUGAUUUUGUGGUCUUUAUUUCCCUUUGUAUUCAUUUUAAGCAUCUAAAUAAAUUGCUGUAUUGUGCUUAAUGUAAA